UCCAAGUAAAUUUUAAUUAUUCUCUUUUCAAAGAGCCAAUUCUUCUCUUCUUAUCUUACCUACAAGACAUGGCAACUCAACCCCUCUCUCAAUCAAGAACAACGAUUUCACAAUUACAAAUAAAUGAUGUUGAAGAGAAGAUCAUCAUAGAACAAGUUAAGGAUACACAUAAUCCGAAUGGUGGCAUAGAUGUCGAUGCAAAUUGUCUUCUCAAGUUUGUGGAAGACAUUUUCAAUAUCAAUACGGAUUCAGAGAGUGAUGAAGAUAAUUCUGAAAAAGAAGAUGAGUCUUCUAAUGAGGAUUCAGAGAAUGAUGAAGAUGAUCCUGAGGAAGAAGGAAGUGAUGAACAUGGAAAAUCUGAGACGGUUCCUCGAGAAGCAAUGCAAGACAGAUUACAGUUACAAGAACACAUCCAGAAGGAAAUUUCACUUGUUGUUUUACAACUCUCUUUCGUGAUAACCUUCACUUGUGUAAGCUAUGAGGAUAGUCACUCAACUGCCAUUUAUCUACUAAGUUUGUUGUCAAAGUAUAUGUGGCAUGUUAAGGGAGUAAUGUUACUCGCAUGUUUUGCGAUCAUUCGAGGAAAAUUGAAAGUUGUCUCACAAUCAUGCCAUCAGAAAGGAUUGCCCUACAACAUGACUACUCUACGUAAAAGUGUAAACUCAAUGCUAUCCACUGAGAAUGAAAUUUUUUUGAAUGACUCAAUAAAAUCCAUGUUUGAUCUUACCAAGAUUAUGAUUGAGCUUCGAUAUUCAUCAUCAAUGUCUUUGGCAAAUUACUGGAUUGCAAAAAGUAUUGUUGCCUAUGCUCACCUCCUUAUUUUGAACAUCGAGACACAAAAUCAGAUCAUGACUGAACUGUCCAAUGCAUCCACAAAAAUCAAAGAGAUUCUGGCUUCCAGCCUCCCACUACUAGAGGCAAAAAGGGCAGAAGAUAAAUAUCAAGCGUUGUUACAUGCGUUUGAUAAUUCUUCAAAUAUCUUGGACGUUUUAAAAUUGAUAUUCAAUGUCAAAAAUAAUAAAGAGAAGCCAAUUUUAAAGCUAAAAAGUUGGCGAGAACAUCGUUCAAUGGGAUUAGAUGAGUUUGAAGGGGAGGGAGUGCUAUUGCUAAUAUCAUCCGGCAAACACUUCCCCUAUUAUGCAUAUCAUGCGGCGAGCACGGGAGGAGUAAAGAAGAUUUGGGUUCCAAUUAUAAAUGAUCUGGAUGAGCAUAUACAAAUGAGUGAUGAUUUGUACCACAAUAACUUAUAUCGAGUAUUGGAUUCACAAAAAUGGAUUGCACCAGAAUUUGUAAGAUUUCUUAAAAACAAGUGCUUCUCAACUUUUCAAGUUGGGGAAGACCCUAUUGUCAUUUCACUGGACAAACGGGGAAGAUUGGUUCAUUCUAAUGCACUUCACAUGAUAUUCACAUGGGGAUAUCAACUUUCUGAAAGGAGAACAAUGAGAUCAGAUGAUAUAAUCCCUUCAUUAGAAAAUGAGUUGAGGGAAAAGACUUCUGGUGCUGAGCAUGUGAUAGAUGACAUUGACGAACAAAUAUAUAAUUUUGCGAGAAAUGUCCGCAAAAAGAUCAAUGAUUGGAUGAAGGACAUCGAGAAAAAGAUGAAAAAUUCGUUUCGUUCAUACAAUUACACGCGUGAGAGAGAACAAGAACUUUGGCUUAAAGAAUCUUGGAAUCUUAAGCUUGUAGUAGGAACGACUCGCAAAUGGAAAUUCCAAGACACGCUAAACUGGUGGAUUAAUGAUGAUGAAAACUACAUUUUCUUAUGUGGAGGCAAUAAUAUUACACGGGUUUUAGAAUUUGUACAAAAAGUUCGUUCCAAAUCUCAAAUGUAUAUGAAAAUUGCAUAUGUUGGAAGAAGAAGAAAAAUGAUUGAAGAGGUGAGUAGAGUAUGUGAUUACGCAUUUAAACAUUAUGAGUUUAAGAUCUUUUGGGCACGACUUCAUAGUGUGGCCUCAUCUAGGAUUCAAUAUUUGAGUAAGGUUGGACUUGAUGAAAGGAGUGAUGAAAUUUUGCAAGGACUCGUGAAAUUAUUAUCUUAUGAAGAUGAAUGUACAGCAAUUGGAUCAUGGGCUUUGUUGGGCAAAGGGAAAAGAAUAAUUGGAUGUGAUAUGGGAGACAAAAUGUUAGGAGUGUUGAAUGAGUAUGAGAAAUGGAAGAACAAUGCACAUGCCAAUGAUUUUGAACAAGCAUUCAAGGAUUACUAUGAGAUGCUUAAUACUUCUUCUUCUUCUUCUUCCAAUCAACACUCUUGUUGUGCUCUCAAUUACCCAUCUAAUUUGGAUAAAAUUCCAGACACUGUGUCCUGCCCUCAAUGUAACCACAACAUGCAUAAAUUUGUCACUUUCUCUUGUUGUCAUGGUCCGACCAAUUUCUUAUAUUAUGAACAGGAUGAAGACUACAAGAAAUAACACUAGAGUUUAUGUUCCACUUGCACGGGCUGUUAGAGUUGUUGUGGUACAUGGUCUACAUGCAUGUAUUAUGUUUGUACUUGUGCGUUCUUAGUUGAAUAUACAUAUAAAUUAAACCUUUAAUAAUUUGUUCACGUUCUCAUUGUCUUGUAACAUUAACCUGCAAAUGAAGCUCUUCAGACAUGAUGACUAUGAAGAAGUAGAUGAGAAGGAGAAUCAGAGCUGCACCC